AUGAAUGAUUUUCCGGAAUCAGAUAUUCCAUUAAGCUUCGAACAGUUAUUAUACGGAGAUGAUUGGCAGAUGUCGGACACUUAUCCGACCGUUGAUGCUAAUGCUAACUUACUACCACUGGUUGAGAUGAACCAUGGUGGUCUGACAAUAGAGCCUCAUCCAAUUUCAGUGAUAUAUCCAAUGGAAGAAACAGACGAGCAGUGGGUACAGACACAGCAAGCCUAUGGACCAGUUGAAAUACCAAUGGAAGAAGAGCAGUGGUUACAGACAUUGAUGGCCUAUGAACCACAUUUCACGUAUGAGGAAGUUAUGCUCAAUAGUGAGCAGCUAGGAGAUGUCGGUUCUGGUUUAGACGUUAAUGCGGUCAUUGAUGGGAAUCUGAACCGAAGAAGAUAUGAAGAUCGUUCUGGUGAAGCGGAGAAAUGUGUGAUAUGUCUUGAUGAACUUAAGUACAAUGAUGACGCUUCUAAGCUGGCAUGUGGGCAUGAUUUUCACUUCGAGUGUAUCAAGAACUGAUAAAUGGUCAAGAACGAGUGUCCUCUUUGCAAGCAAAAAGCUCUUUAA